CCGUAGCCGCGUGCGAUUGAAAUAUGUUAUGAACUUCCUUUAAAUGUAUCAUAAAAGUGUACCUGUUCAUUAAAACUACCUGUUAAGGAUGCGUUUCCAUUUUUUAAUUUCCACCUGUAGCAGGGAUUGACGAUUUUUCCAGUCAACUCAAACGAAUUCAACGAAAACUGCGAUCGUGUCAAACUCGGAAACUUGGAUUGAACUCGAGCAGUUUAAGGAUCGAGACUUGGCUUGAUGAGAGGAAAACCCGCGAGACGCGAGUGCUUCCUCUGACCAUUAUCAUGGGCACCAUGUGCUCCUCGCCGUGCGCGUAAGCUGCUGUGGAGGAACCACACAUUAUGAGACGCCAUGGCAUGGUGUGAUCGAAGGGUUCAGACUUUGCUGGCCGUUGUGGGGGCCUUCGUCGCCUUCAGUCUCAUGACCAUCGCCAUCGGCACCGACUACUGGCUUUACUCCCGGGCGUACAUCUGCAACGCCACUAAUGCCUCCGCGGACGACUCCCAGAUGCAAACCAAAAAAGUCAAAGGCGACCUGACGCACUCCGGGCUGUGGAGGAUCUGCUGUAUUGAAGGUAUAAACAAAGGAAGCUGUUUUCGGAUCAAUCAUUUUCCAGAGGAUAACGACUACGAUACAGACAGCUCAGAGUACAUCUUACGUAUAGUGCGCGCAUCAAGUCUAUUCCCCAUUCUCAGCACCGUUCUGCUGAUGUUGGGUGGCCUGUGUGUCGGGGUUGGACGCAUCUACAACAACAAGAACAACAUUCUGCUCAGUGCUGGCAUCCUGUUUGUGGCUGCAGGCCUGAGCAACAUCAUCGGAAUCAUCGUCUACAUCUCCAGUAACGCCGGGGAUCCCAGUGACAAGAAAGACGAGGACAAGAAGAACCACUACAACUAUGGCUGGUCCUUUUACUUUGGUGCUCUCUCCUUCAUCGUGGCUGAAUCAGUGGGUGUUCUCGCAGUCAACAUAUAUAUCGAGAAAAACAAAGAGACACGCUUCCUAGCCCGAAGUGACUUCAUCAAAACCACCUCCUCAUCUUCACCUUACUCUCGCAUCCCAAGUUACCGCUACAGACGAAGGCGCUCACACUCCAGUUCGAGAUCGAGUGACCCAUCCCGCGAGCCCUCCCCAGUGGGGAGGAAGAUCGGUGGAGGAAGUGGCGCUGGAGGGUUGGGGAUGGGCUUGCCAAUGGGGGAUAUAUCCCUGUACGCCCUUAGUAGGGACCCUCUGAAGGGUGGAAGUGUGACUGCAGGGCCUUACAGUCCAGAGAGGGACUCUGGGUUUUUACAAGUCCACAACUGCUUCCAGAAAGAUAUGAAAGAUGGAGUGAACAGGAGGACCACACCGGUAUGAGGUCAGAAGUGUAUUACUGUGUAAAACAAUAAGCUUAAUGGAACACAAUAGAUAUUGUACAGUUGAUGAGAAAGGACAAUUCUUCCCCGGGGUUGUUCAGACAGCAGCGGUGUUGAAAGGUCAGAGCUCAAAAUAGUUUUUCCUUUGUGUCCCUCUGUGACAGAAAAGUGCCAAUCUGUGUUUCAUUUGGAGGAAGAGGAAAGGUGAUAUCAAAACAACUUUUCAUCAUAUGACUCAGUAUCUAUAAGGGGAAUGCAGACAUUUUGUUGCAACAUUUGAAGAGUUUAAUUUGAAAUUGUGAUACCCACUAUUUGUGAGUGACUUCUUAAAGAAAGGCUGAAAUAUGUCAUACAUGUUCUGGUAUUCUAAGGACAAUUGCCUGAUAAAAGAAUUAAGCUUUUAUAGACUUGAUGCUCAAUAUAAUAAUUCUGAAUAUUGAACUUCAGGUAAUUAUGUUUUUGUGCUAAAAUAGAUGUAUAGUGUUUUGGAAAUGUUUCUUUUAAAAGGAGACAAAUAGACAUUUGUCUCAAAAAUGAUAUGCUAAAAUGAAGUGAUUCAUGUGAUUGAGCAUUAUUGUAUUGUAUUUGUAACUUUAACACAACUGGUGCUAACUUAAUCUGUACACCUUUGCUAGUCUUAAGCCUUCUCAACUGCCAUUCAAAUACUUCUACUGUAUCUCAAUAACCUCUUUUUUAAGCUUGUGAGUAAAUAUGUGUGUUACAGUAUGUGAAAUGUAUUAUGGCUCUGACACACUCCCACACUAUGACACAUAUGUAUUUCUGUAGAUAUAUAUAUAUCAACAAAGGCACACAGCAAUGUCAAUACAUUCCAGUGUCAUGUAUUAG